CAAAUACGUUUCAGCGGCCAUGUAGUUGAUUUUCAUCUUAUCUACUGCCGUCAAGAUUUGUUGAUUUGUGUAAGCUACUUCAAGUAUGGGAAACUUCCAAAUGGACGAUUUUGUAGCUGGUUGUCUUGGAGGGGCUUCUAGUGUCAUUGUGGGACAUCCACUGGAUACAGUUAAGGCUCGAUUACAAGUUGGUAAAGGAUAUGGAAACACAUUUAAUUGCAUAUUUACAAUCUAUAGGAACGAACAUGUUGCCGGAUUCUAUAAAGGAAUGUCUUUCCCCUUGGCCAGUAUUUCAGUCUACAACUCUGUGGUUUUUGGAGUUUUCAGCAAUACUCAAAGAUUUAUUAGUGAGCAUUGGAACAGAAGCCCUGGGAAUUCUCCUUACCUAUUAGACUUGACUAUCGCAAGUAGUUUGACGGGAUUUAUUUCUGUAGGGAUUGGUGGACCUGUUGACCUGGUGAAGAUAAGACUGCAAAUGCAAACUGAGCCUCUAAUCUCUGAAAUCAAGUCCAUAAAAGACAAAUCACCAUUUCAUCAAAACCCAACAGUGUACAAAGGUCCAAUUCAUUGUCUGACUUCAAUCAUAAAGCAAGAUGGAUUUGUUGGCAUGUAUCGUGGUGCGGGUGCAAUGAUUCUAAGGGAUGUUCCUGGUUAUUGCUUGUACUUUAUUCCCUAUACAUACCUAUGCGAAUGGUUAACUGAAGAUUGUCAUACAGCACCUAGUGCAUCAAGUGUGUGGAUAGCAGGUGGAAUUGCAGGAGCUAUUUCCUGGGGCACUGCUACACCAAUGGAUGUAGUGAAAAGUCGGCUUCAAGCAGAUGGUGUACAUUCUGAAAAAUACAAAGGAGUGACAGACUGUAUUGUGCAAUGUUACAAUAAGGAAGGCCUUAAAGUGUUUUUUAGGGGCAUAAGUGUUAAUGCAAUGAGAGGUGUUCCAAUGAGUGCCGCUAUGUUUCUCACAUAUGAGCUGUCACUGAAAGCUAUGAAAAAGGCUAAAGUGGAAUCAGAUACUUGAUAAGCAA